UGUGCCGUACCUCUCCAUCGUGUCGCAUCAUUAGACUACUGGAGGAGGGCCCCUCGCGGAUGACGGUCCCGUGGAGGGGAGGGUACGGGAGGCGGGACCACAGGCUUCUCCGCUUCUCGGCGCUGGCGAGUCUGGGACUAGGGCUGGAGAGAUCGCCGGGGAGCAUCGUCACCACUCCUGCACGGAGCGUCGCCUGGCCGUACACUGCGCCGUGCACACGUCGGGAUUGCACACCAUUCCAGAGAAAUAUACCUGCUCUUUAUGGCAUGUGGCUGGUAAUUUUAUUCCUGCUGUAUUCUUUUCAAGAAGUGCACAGCGAGGAUGUUGUCUCGACGCGGCUGUACUUUGUGAACGCCUCCCUGCAGCGAGUCACCUUCUCCAGCUCGGUGGGGGUGUCCCUGCCCUGCCCCGCGGGCGGCGCCCCCCAUGCCCUGCUGCGCUGGUACCUGGCCACCGGCGGCUUUAUUAUCUACACGACUUUCUACCCCUUUCUCCCGUCUCGCCUCUUCAACUCCUUCAUCCACGACAACGACUACUUCUGCACCGCCGAGAACCAGGCCGGCAAGAUACGCAGCCCCAGCAUACGGGUCAAAGCAGUGUUCAGGGAGCCCUACACGGUUCGCGUGGCCGACCAGCGCUCCAUGCGAGGCAACGUGGCUGUCUUCAAGUGCCUCAUCCCGGCCGCCGUGCAGGAAUACGUCAGCGUGGUAUCCUGGGAGAAGGACACCGUUUCCAUCGUCCCAGCCCAAAAAGCUCUCCAUGUGUACCUGUUCCUGCUGGUUUGUGUUGAGGUGUACCUGUUCCUGCUGGUUUAUGUUGAGGUGUACCUGUUCCUGCUGGUUUGUGUUGAGGUGUACCUGUUCCUGCCUCAGCAAUAUGUGCCCCGCAGUGUGUGA